ACAAAAGAAGAUUCGCUAUUAACUUUAAUAUCUACGCUAUAAAAAAUAGAGCCAAAGAAGAAUAGCAUGGAAAAGCAGUUGCAUUCAGUCGUCGGCACUCUCAGCACAUCGAAAAGAGUCUUGGCUUGAUUUCAAGGACCGAAAGGAAAGCAUGGGAUCAAUCAUCUCUAGCCUUAUGGGAGGCGCACCCUCUGCAGAUGCUUCAUCCUCGGCGCCGGAGAAUUCUCGGGUCGAGCAGUUUCACUCUUCCGCGCGAUGGCAGCUCCAUUUCAAUGAAGUCAAAGAUUCCGAUAAGCUUAUCGUGAUAGAUUUCUCAGCAUCGUGGUGCGGGCCAUGUAAAUUCAUAGAGCCGGCGAUCCACGCCAUGGCCGACAAGUUCUCCGAUGUUGGAUUCGUCAAGAUCGAUGUGGACGAGCUCUCUGACGUGGCGCGGGAAUUCAAUGUGCAGGCGAUGCCGACGUUUGUGUUGUGGAAGAAGGGGAAGGAGAUGGAGAGGGUGGUUGGUGCCAAGAAGGAGGAGCUUGAGAGGAAGGUUGAGAAACUCACAGCCGCUUGAACUCUGCUUGGUUCCGCCCCGUUAAAGGCUAUGUAAUGUUUUUCCCCACAUAUUUCAAUUAAAGUAUGAAUAUGAACUUCUAUUUUAAGAGAAGGCAUGAGCUUGAUAGAAUGCUUCUGCUCUGGGGACGUUUACGACGACCACGGCAGGGGAUUGAAUCUCGUGAUUGCCGUUGCUUUACAUAAUUCUGAUUGUCCCUGUUUAUUAAAUCCAGAGUCGUUUGGUGGAGUGA